AUGACGCUACACAUCACUGAGACACUCCGAGUCACCCCCGCCGCCGACUCAGACUCUGUUCUCAACUCAGCCAACUCGUUCUCCCUACCUUUAACUUUCUUUGACCUACCAUGGCUACUCUUUCACCCUGUUAAACGAGUCUUCUUCUACAAACUCAAAGACUCGACUCGUGAGUACUUCAACUCCAUCAUCCUCCCUAAACUCAAGCUCUCUCUCUCCCUUGUCCUUAGCAGCUACCUCCCUCUCACUGGCCACAUCACAUGGAACAUAAACGAACCCAAACCGAGCAUCGUGGUCGGUCCAAACGACGACGUUUUGGUGACUAUAGCUGAGAGUGAAGCUGACUUUUCUAACCUUUCCGGUUAUGGACAACGUCAUCUCUCCGAGUUACAUGCCUUGCUUCCCAAGUUACCAGUUACUAAUGACUCAGCCACUGCUUUCUCUGUACAAAUCACGUUGUUCCCGAACCAAGGUUUCUCCAUCGGCGUUGCAGCACACCACGCCGUUUUAGACGGGAAAACGUCAAGCACUUUCAUCAAAACUUGGGCUCACGUUUGCAAACAACAACUUGAGAACAUCCCGGAGAAUCUAGUUCCAUCUUUUGACCGGUCGUUGAUAAAAGAUCCGACAGGACUCGACGACAAGAUGAUAGACAUGGUGAGAUCUCUCAAACAGGACAAAACCAAAGUUGUCUUAAGCUUGACUCCGUUUCCCGCAAAAGAACUUGGAGACGACGUCGUCUUGGAGACUCUUGUGCUCUCUAAGGAUGACGUAGAGAGACUUAAGGAACGAGUCAAGAACGUGUCACCGAGCCUUCAUUUGUCUACUUUUGUCAUUGCCUACGCUUACACGUGGACAUGUUACGUGAAGGCACGUGGAGGAGAUGUAGAUAGAUCAGUGAGUUUACUCUUCGUAGGAGAUUUUAGAAAACGUUUGGAGCCAAAACUUCCGGCGACUUACUUCGGAAACUGCAUGUUUCCGGUGGGUUGUUAUAACCGUAAGGCGGCAGAGUUUAUGGACGAGAAAGGGUUUGUUACGGCGGUUGAGAUACUUAGUGAUUUGGUCAAAGGGUUGACUUCAAGAAAGAUAGAGACUAUAGCUGACUCUUUUGUGGAAGGGUUUGAUUAUCAGAGUUGGAGCACACAGUUUGGGACGAUAGCCGGGUCGACCCGGUUAGGAGUAUACGAGGCGGAUUUCGGGUGGGGAAGACCCGUUAAGGUUGAUAUUGUCUCCAUUGACCAAGGAGAGGCUAUCUCGAUGGCAGAGCGACGUGAUGAAACGGGUGGCGUGGAGAUUGGAAUGUGUCUUAAAAAGUCAGAGAUGGACAUGGUCGUGUCAUAUUUCAACAUUAGUUUACAAAACUAAACCUUUUUUUGUUUUGGUUUGUGUAAUGUUUAAUAAUAAGGUAAAGCAUGGUCACAAGAAAAUUGUUGGUCAUAGCUUGAAUGAAAAAGAAAUUGUGUUUGGUUUGA